GACCCCACACAAAUAACACACUAAACCAUUGGUCAUACGCACGUGCCCACGUUAUGUUCUACUCAACCAUGUUACUUAACGUGUCCGUCACAGUCCGUCACGCUCCACCUCACCUAUUCCUCAAACCUCUUCCCCUUCCGUUUUCCAACCGUCUUCACUAACGUCGCCGUAACGUCCCAAUCUAAUGGCGUCUUGUGACGACGAUUUCGCCCUGUUAACUGACGAUAACCACCACCCUCACCACCACCAAACAAACCCUAACCACCACAUCCUCCACCACCAGACCUACGCGCCUCACCGUUUCCCAGCCAAAUCACCCCCAAUCCACGCGCCACCUCAAUCAUUGGCCGCCGGAGCCGGAUCGACCGCCUGCGCAGUCGAAGAUCCCGAAGAAGAAGCAGAAGAAGAAGAAGAUAACGAGUCCGAUUCACCUUUUCCAGAAGUAAAUCCAUUCAGCGACAACAAUUCAAAUCCAUUCAGCGACAACAAUUCAAACUUACGAACAGCAACAACAACAGAAAAAAGAAGAGAAACAGAAGAUAACAACAGCGACGGCUGCAACAACAUCAACGACAAUAACAUUAAUAACGACAUUAUUCCGUACACUAACAGCUACAAAAAACCUAGACAAAACGCCACGUCAUCAUCAUCGGAGUAUAGAAAAGACAGAGAGGAGUGGAGCGAUGCGGCGAUCGAGUGUUUACUUGACGCGUAUAUGGAGAAAUUUAUGGAGCUGAAUAGAGGGAAUUUGAGAGGGAGAGAUUGGGAGGAAGUGGCGGUUAUAGUGAGUGAGAGAUGUCAAAAACAGAGUAAAACUGUGGAGCAGUGUAAAAAUAAGGUUGAUAAUUUGAAGAAGAGGUAUAAGUUAGAACGGCAUAGAAUGAGUAAUGGCGGGUUAUCGGCGAGCCAUUGGCCUUGGUUUAAGAAAAUGGAAGAAAUUGUUGGCAAUUCUUUGACUGUGAAGGUUGUUAGUAGUGAUGAUUUUAGAAGUGGUAGUGGCGGAUCGUCUGGCAGUGGAGUUAGGCCGUCGAAAAGAUAUGCAACAGCAUUAGCAAUCCCUGCAAGUCAGACAGCUACCGUGAAGUCCAAAUCCAUUUGUAACACCAGAUGGCGGAGAGUAGUUCUGAAAAUCAGUGGUGUUGCACUUGCUGGUACAGGUCCUAACAAUAUUGACCCAAAGGUGAUGAUGCUGAUUGCAAGAGAAGUUGCAAUUGCCUGUCGCCUAGGCAUAGAGGUUGCGAUUGUUGUUGGAGGCCGUAAUUUCUUUUGUGGAGAUGCAUGGGUGACUGCAACAGGUUCAGAUAGACGCACUGCAUAUCAAAUAGGUAUGAUGGCAAGUGUGAUGAACUCUAUAUUGCUCCAGUCAGCAUUAGAGAAGGCGGGUGUUCAAACGCGUGUGCAGACUGCAUUCACGGUGCAGGAGGUUGCUGAACCAUACAAUAGGCAACGAGCCAUUCGGCAUCUUGAGAAAGGUAGAGUCGUGAUAUUUGGUGGAAUUGGUGCUGGCACUGGAAAUCCUCUUUUUUCGACCGACACUGCUGCAGCUCUUCAAGCUUCAGAGAUUCAUGCUGAAGCUGUCUUAAAAGGUACAAAUGUUGACGGUGUAUAUGAUUGCCACUCUCGAGACAACAAUGUUACUUUUGAGCAUAUUUCCUUUAGGGACUUGGUCUCUAGAGGUGCCACAUCGAUGGAUAUGAUGGCAUUGACUUGCUGUGAAGAGAAUGGCAUUCCCGCUGUGGUAUUUAACCUUUUGGAGCCUGGAAACAUUUCAAAAGCUUUGUGUGGAGAACAAGUGGGCACGCUUAUCGACCAAACUGGAUCCCUCAGCUAACAUAACUAAUUGAAGUUUCAUCAGGUAUCAUGUUUCAAACUUCCAUAUCUUCUUCUUGGCGCAUAGACCCUUCCAGGAACAAAAAAUAGGGCACUUAAUCCUCGUGACCGAGCUAACCUUUCUGGUGAUGAAAAUGGUUUUUACUUGGUGUACGUAUGCUUGAAAAGGGCUGAAAGGCAGACUCGACAGUUGUUAUCGCGUAUUUAAAAUCAUUUAAUUCAUCGAUGGAAUAGUUGCAUAUUGUCGAUUCAAAAUUCUUGUAUUUUUAAAUUUGUAUAUUGUAUCAACCCAUGGUCAAUGGUGGGUGAGUCUUGGUCAGUAUGACAAUGUAAUGCACUAGACACCAGUUAGACUGUAGAGUUAAUUGUAUAACAUGCUUAGUGAAGAUUCAUAUGCAUAUCUUACUGUAAACAACAUACUUCAGCAUUUAAAUUAAAUUUUCAUGAUUUGAA